AUGAAAAAUCUCUACUUCCAAGUUACUGCCAUAGUUAUAGGGCUUUGCUUUAUGGGAAAAACAACAAAUCUAUCGAGAAAAAGCAAUAUUUUCCUCAGUUCUGAGUGCCAGUGGGAUAGGUAUCUUCUGGCAAACCGUUCGACAGGACACACACCACAGACAGCAGACACAGCAGACAUAAGCUUCUGUUUCUGUAGCGUUCUCUUCCAGUCUUACACCAAAAAAGAAUGGAAAAUAAAGCACCUGAGCCUCAGUAACAACCUCAUAUCAAAAAUGACCUUAAGCUCUUUUGCAUAUUUGCACUUGUUGGAAAUACUGAACCUCAGCAACAAUGGCAUGCGCUCUCUCUCAGUGGAUCUACCCCUGCCUCCCUCCUCAGGAAGAAAGCACCACAGAACCAACUUCUACAAUGGAUUCCCACAUCUAAAGGUGCUAAUUCUUCAAAGAAAUAGACUCAGUGGCACUCCCAAGGGACUAUGGAAACUGAAGUCAUUGCAGAGUUUGGAUCUGUCAUUCAAUGGAAUAUUGCAAAUUGAGUUCUCUGAUUUUCAGAGCUGCCUGAAACUGGAGAACAUCUAUUUAAAGAGCAACAAGAUAUUCAAAAUUCAUCCAGAAGCCUUCAAGGACCUCAAAAAAUUACAGGUUGUAGAUCUCAGUGGCAAUGCUCUGACCACCCUCCUACCAGUGGUGAAUAUGGCUCUACAAUUUCCCCACCUGGAGCUUGACUUGACUGAUAACCAAUGGAGGUGUGAGGACAGCAUUGUGGAUCUCCAAAAUUUCACUUCUGAAUCCUGGAGGGAAAAGUGGGAUGUCAUUUGCAACAAGUCUGUAGGGAACAAAGAGCCACAUUUGGAAACUCCCAAAAUCAGAAUUCCCAGGGACACGCACCUUCCUCCCACUACGCUGAGUCACAUCCAGAGCAAAGCAGAGAGACACCAUGAAGGAAUGGACACACACUUUUCCACCCUGGGGAAGGAGGCAUGGGCAGGCUACAACAAUCUCAGGGAGAUGCGGCCACAGUGGGCCACAGAACUCAGAAACCCCAGGGCUGAACAAGCCACUAACAGAAAGGAUGAUGAUUCCUCAAACCUCACGUUGGCCAUCUGCCUGUCAGUGUUAAUCACAUUUGUGGUGGCUUUUUGCCUGGGUGCUUUUGCAAGGCCCUAUGUUGACACACUGUGGCAACAAAGAUGCCUGAAUGAAAACCCUGGCUCAGGUAAUGCCUAUUCAAAUGAGAGUUUCUAUGAUGAAAUUGAUGCUGCUAGAAGCACACAGGAGCACCAAGCAAUAGAUCUGCACCAAGUCUCCCACCAUCCAAACCUCCACGAGAACCAGAACGCUUCCUGGGUGACACAGUAGUGCCCAAAUACCACUGUCAUUCCUGAAAAGGCUCUAAGAAACAGCAGAACGGAUCCUGGCAGUCAGCAGAGUUCAGUGCAAUAUGAGGACAACAUUGGAGCAGGAAGUAGAGAUGACGCCAUGCUUCAAAAUGGCCAACUAGCCCAUUCCACUCUCCACAGACAUCCAAAUGCCAAUAAUCACAAACUAAUUUCCACAGUGCUGGACCACACCUAUGAUAUUCUUGAAGAAUUAAAUUAUGACACUGUGGACCGGGAAUAUUCUCUCCAUGCGGGUUCAAUGAAUGGCUUUUCCAUAGCUGGCCCACUGGGAACUGUCUCUAGCUCCACCCAUAAUGAAUGGGGUGAAUUAGAACUAUCACACUCAAGAGAAGCGUCAGCCUCCCUCUCGAAGACUUUAGCACAUACAAACGAACAGGGGGUUGGGGGGAGUGAAGAAAGAGGGUGGCCUGAACAGUCACCUUUGGAAACUAUGGGCUCACAGACAGAAAGGCAGGCGAGCAAUACUAUCAGCUGGCUGAGCACACAGCAGCCAAGGUUCCAUGGGGCCAGUGCUGAAGAAGGGCUCUCAGCCCUCUACAGUGAGGUUCCGCACGAUGACCCAAGAGAUGUAGAUCCACCUGCCCUUCUAUCAAGAUGGUGCAGUGGCUCUGAUGUCUCUCCUGCUACUAAGGAGCCAGGGAUGAGAGACAUCCCUUUUGACCCUCAUUACAACUUGGAGACCAAUUACUGUGAGUCUGAUUCUGAUGAGGGUUCUUUGUUUACCUUCAGUUCAGAGGGUUCUGAGGACACAAGGAGCUUGACUGAAGAGCAGGCACCUGGCAAGAAUAUUGGAGCCCACCAGACCCUGCACGUCAGGACCUCAGGAGACUAUAAGGACAAUGUGACAUCAGCAGAAAGUGUUGAGGCCAUCACUUUGGAAAGGACUCUAGAGAAAUAUGAAACUCAGGAAGAUCACUCUGGAAACCCUCUCAUUUCUGGUUCAGACUCUGGUUUGCAUGAGACGCAGCUGGAAAUUAUGUCUAACACCAGUGAAUCCCAGAAUCCAUUAACCCGGCCCAGAUCCCCAGACUGUAGACCUUUACAUCCUGAGACCCCAGACACAUUUGUAUGUGAUUACGACAUAAUGCUCCAGUCCCAAGCAGUAGACUGCCAUUGCUCACUUAAAGACUUAGAGUUUCCAAAUGUGGGCACUUCACCACCAUCAUCAGCACAUUCUGCUGAAGAUCCCUCAGAUCCUGGAGCCUUCCACCAAAGAGAUGUAAAUAUUU